UCAUCAUCACCAUUAACAUCUGAUACUACACAGUACACGCUACCCUCAGCUGUAAUAUGUAUUUGAUGAAGAAAUGAAAGGUUGGAGAUACGGACAGGAUUCUCCGGUUCUCCAAGUUUACGUCUCCGGAGUUGGUCUCUUUAAAGGACGAUAGAGUAUACGUCAAGUCGACUGGACGAUAGCUUCACGAGAGUCUACAUUGGAGUUUCAAGCCAUUGAAUGCUCAAGAGCCACAAUAUGGCACAAAAUCGCCACCAUACCCUUCUCCAACAACUCCCACUCACCGUCUCCCCCUUCCUAAACCUCCCCACCGCCACCACUCUCUCAUACACCUACAAAACCCUCCCGUCCACCCUCCCCCCCUCCAUUCUUGACUCCCCCUCCGCCUCCCCAACCGACCAACCCCAACCCCAGCCCAAAUACGUCAUCUCCCACGCCACCGGCCACGCCGCCCACCCCAGCUCGAUCCUUGCGUCCUGCGAAGCGCUCGUCUCGCACCUGGAUGCGCAGAGACGGGAGGCGGAGGAGGCGGUGAGGGGGUGGGAGCAAGGGAUUCGGGAGCGGGAGCUAGCGGAGAAGAGGAGGGUUGCGCCGGGGUGGUUGGAUGCGGAGGAGAGGCUGCUGGUGCCGGAGAGGUCGGGGGCGGGGGAGCAGGAGGGUGGAGGGGCUGUGCAUGGGGUGGAAGUGGUGGAUCGGAGGGAGGGAGAGGGGAGGGAGGGGGAGGAGUUAGAUCGGGCGUUUGGGGGGAUGAAGGUUGGGUGA